AUGAGGGAGAGGUGGAGAGGGGGAUACGAAGAACAAUCUUAUGCUGCUGGAAGGCAAGCGCACCAAGCACGUGUUGCAAGGAAGGUUGAUGCAAGGGAGGUUGAUGCAAGGGAGGAGGAUGCAAGGGAGGAGGAUGCAAGGGAGGAGGAUGCAAGGGAGGAGGAUGCAAGGGAGGAGGAUGCAAGGGAGGAGGAUGCAAGGGAGGAGGAUGCAAGGGAGGAGGAUGCAAGGGAGGAGGAUGCAAGGGAGGAGGAUGCAAGGGAGGAGGAUGCAAGGGAGGAGGAUGCAAUGGAGGAGGAUGCAAGGGAGGAGGAUGCAAGGGAGGAGGAUGCAAGGGAGGAGGAUGCAAGGGAGGAGGAUGCAAGGGAGGAGGAUGCAAGGACAGAACAACCGCAGUGGGCCACAGGGGAUGGGCACGGGGAUGGGGAUGGGGAUGGGGAUGGGGAUGGGGAUGGGGAUGGGGAUGGGGAUGGGGCUGGGGAUGCGGAUGCGGAUGGGGAUGGGGAUGGGGAUGGGGAUGGGGAUGGGGAUGGGGAUGGGGAUGCGGAUGCGGAUGGGGAUGGGGAUGGGGAUGGGGAUGGGGAUGGGGAUGGGGAUGGGGAUGGGGAUGGGGAUGGGCAUGGGGAUGGGGAUGGGGAUGGGGAUGGGGCCAGCCUCGCACAGCCUCAGGCGUACCUCUCUGUAGCUAGUCAGAGCAGCGUCUUUGUCUGA